AUGUUACACUCUUGUACACACACAUACGCAAUCAGUUCUAAUAUACAUAUUUUUCAUCCCAAUUCAAACAAUUGCUAUAUUAGCAACCAGAAUAAAAAUAUUUCACUUGAAUUGUUAAAAAAUCUUCAAUACAGGCAAGCUGUUGACCGGUUUAUGGAAAAAUGCAAAAGUUACUUAGAAGGCAGUUCUAGUGAUGAUGCAAAAUUAAUUCUUUCUGCAAUGUGGAACUAUGGUGUUUAUGGACAGGCCAAAUUUCUGAGAAGUCAAAUGCUAUCUGUUGAUGACAAACCAUAUUUUAUACAAUUUUUUCAAAAUUCUAUAAAUUUAUUUGGUGAAAUUGUACAGAAUUAUCCUUCUCUUGAUUAUCAAUGUCGUAUGAAAAUGGGUGAUCUUUGCAGAUAUGUGUAUGAUAUAGAUAAAGAUAAUAAGAUUUAUAUUGAACGCGCUAAAUGUUAUUACGAAAUGUUAUAUAAGAGUAAUAUGGAAAAUGGACAUGUUCUUAAUAUGAUUGGUUUAGUUCAAAUUGAAUUAAAACGUCCUUUACAUGCUUUGCAGAUAUUUUUUAGAGUACAUAUAAAAUUUAGUAAUUAUAAUAACGGUAUAGAAAAUGCCAGACAAUGCCGUCCAACUUCUGAUCGUGAAAUGGAUAAUGAUUUUGUUAAAAAAGUUGUUUUAUUUUUAAAAAGUGAUAUGGAUGUUGAUGCCAUGCAAUUUACACAAUUUAUUCCUCCAUAUGUUUCACAAACUGAUGUUGAAGCAUUAUUUGAUUUUUAUCUUACUACUGUACUUCUAACAAAAAUAUCACUUUUCCAAGUUGUUAGAAAAGAAUCAAAUGAGAUAAAAGAUCAAAAAUCAAUUAUUUUUAUGAUUCAAACAACUAAUGAAUUUACACAAUCUAUAUUACGUUUUUUGAAUAAACAACCUGUCGAUACAACAGAAAAAGGAAAAGCACUUCAAAUUUUAUUAUGUUGUUGUAUGAUAGAUUAUUUUGAUUUGUUUUUUAAUUUAGCACCUAUACAAGAAUUAAAAAUUCCACCUUUGGAAAAGGAUAAUGUUAAUAAAUUGGCAUAUCAAUUUUGUGAUUGUGCUAAUAAUAUAUUUGGUUGUGAUUUAGAAAAAAUAUACAAAUUAGAUUGGAGUAAAAAAAUGUAUUUUUGGAAUACACGCCAUCCAUCAUUAACACAACAUUUAAAUAUUGCCACAUCUGUAUCUGCUUGUUUUAUCAAUGAAAUACGCAGAAAUGCUAAUAGUAGUAUUGUAGUAGAAAACAAUCAAUUUGCUAUUAAAGAUAAUUGCCUUUCAAUUGGGGGGAUUAAUGGAGAAAGUAUCUCACGUGCUUAUUUUCGUCAUGUUGAAAAAGUAAGAUUUGCACAAACCAUGAUUCCUGCUUAUCUGGUACCAACAGAAGAUGUCUUUAUACAUCAUCUUGGUUUUUUAAAAUAUAUGAAAAAUAAGAAUAAUGUUCAGAUAUGUGUUGAUCCAUAUGUUGUUAGAGCACUUGAUUCACAAAAAAAUGUUGAUCGUGGUGCUAGAGCUGCUUUGUCAUGGUUAGUUGAAAAUGAAAAAGAUAUUAUACAUUUUGACAAUAUCUAUGUAUUUCCAAAAGAUUUUCCUGAGGUAACCUCUAAUAAUAGUCAAUCAUUGAGAAGUAUGGUUUGUAAUUCUGAAAGAUUUUUAAAAAAAAUUGGUAACCCAAAGGGUAGUGAGUAUGUACUUGCUGUUUUGAUGGUUUAUAGGGAUGCAUAUGGAAGAAUUUCAACUAAUGAAAAUAUGCAAGAUUACUCUUACGAAAAUUCUAUUAUUCAUGUUGAUAAUUCUGGUAUUCUUAUUACAACAAUAAUGAAGUUUAAACAUUUGAUUGAUUUAGUAAAUCCUAAUUCAAUUCGCUAA